AUGGCACCGAAUUUCCCUGAACGUUAUAGGACCUCUAUGUUCCAGCACCGCUACGGGUACGCCCUUUAUGAGCCACCAAGUGUCUCCCGGCUUUGUCCUGGGAUGUUAGGGUAUCUUGAUGAGUACCGGAAGUGGCAUCCAAUUCUGGAUCUUUCAAGCGCCAUCGACGUGGAAGAACUUGGGUACUCACCGAUUGGCCAGCUGUAUCGAAGUGAACCGGACGAAUGUCGCUGGGGUCCUCUCGCUUCCGACAAUGUGAAGAGCACAGAUAUUGCCUUCAGUGGUAAAAUUGACCCGACAAAUCUUGCCUUGCCAGCAAACGCAACUGGCGCCAUAGAGUACCGUAGUAAUACGGACUUUGGAGCGUUACUCAUUUGUGAUAGCCCUGUCUCCUCUGAGGGCUACGAUUUCAGACGCCCUUUUCUCGAGUGGCUCCGGUUGAAUUCGAACAAGUUACUGCACGAUUAUCCCGAUCUGAAGAAAUAUGGUGCCUACAUCGCGACCUGGACGUACUCAGCCACUGACAUACACAUGAAAUUAUGGUCAGACUCGGCUACUCGCGUCAAUAUCGGCUUUUCUGUGGAGGCUACAUCCGUAGUUAAAGCUGAUCAGCGGCUCAAAUGGCUGAGGUCACAUUCUGGCAAGGGAUGGAGAGACUGGUCAGGAAAGCAGAGGGUGGUGUUCUUCACCGGAGUUAAGGUCAGGUACGGGCCAUUUGGCAUGAUGAAACAGUCUGAGGGUAGAUGGCGCGGCUCAAAUCAAGAUUUCAUUGUAACAGGACUCGACGAAGGCAAAUCCUGUGAGGCUAGUGUUGAGCAGUUUGGCGAUGAUUGGGCGAAGAUCAAAGGUGACUAA